AUUUGUGUGACGUUUCAUAGCUUAAAAUUCAUUGUAAACAAUCAGAACGUUAAAUAAAUAAAUUUGUACUUGUGCUUAUAUUAGUAUACUGCACAUUCAAUUCAUAUUGAACAUGUUGUCAAAUAUUGUAAGAGAACAUCAAAGUAAGCAGGCAGCGAGAAAAGAAAGUCAAGAACAAAAACGCAAAGAAGCUGUUCAAGCUGCAAAUGAUUUGACACAAGCCUUAGUGGACCACUUGAAUGUUGGAGUGGCACAAGCAUAUUUAAACCAGAAAAAACUUGAUGCCGAAGCUAAACAGUUACAGACCAAUGCAACGAAUUUUGCCAAACAAACACAAUCUUGGCUUCAGUUGGUAGAAUCUUUCUCAGGGGCUCUAAAAGAGUUGGGAGACGUUGAAAAUUGGGCCAGAAGCAUCGAAGGCGACAUGAGAACGAUUGCCACUGCCUUAGAAUAUUCUUACAAAGCAACGCAAGAAACUCCUAGUACAACAUCAACUUAAAAAUUUGUAGAUAACGUCAACAUCCAACCGUGUCAUGAGUAUUUUUUAUAUUAAAAAGUUCUUUUAUAAUACGUUCAUCACUGAUCAAUUAAAGGUGAUUAUUCCAUUAUCAUAUAUUUAUACUAAUAAAGAGAGUUCAUAAAUUAAUUUACCAAUCAUUAACUUAAGA